UCGAAUCGAGUUAGCGGCAAAAGCGUCUGCUUUGUUGUUCACUGUCAUACUGACCGUGUAUCUUGAGUGGUUGUUUGUUUUCGCCAUUGAGCAAAAUGUCUCAGGUGUAUGAAAACAUCUUUCGUGACGCUCUGAAAGAUUUCAGAGUUUUGGAGGAUGGCGUGAUUUCAGGCUAUUGUAAUUCUUUGGAGGAGGGAGACCGUGUGACUCCUCGUAAGAGAUUGAGGAUCAUGGAUACUAGAAAAUCCAACUGCCCAGUGACUUUAAAUAUGAAGUGUAUAAGGGUGUAUCCUGAUUACUGUAUGCACUCAGCAACUGAACACAGGGAUACAAAGGCAAAAGUUCUUGCAAGUCUACAGAAAGAUUUGGCAUUGCCAUGCCCACCUAAGAGCUACCUACGUUUUUAUUUGACUGCUUCCCCGCAAGUGCACACACACAUGCUACUGAAAGUGUUGAAGCAAAGUUACUGCAGAUACCACAGCAGAAGCAAUUACUGUUACUGGAAUACCAGUAAUGUUUAUUAAAUUCAGUUAUAAAGUAGUUCUGGACAUUGCAGCUGGUGAGCAGUCAUCGGGCACCAAAAGAAGUGAGUAUUAAAUUUUGGAAUUGUGCCUUGAAAACAUGUGUAUCAUGUUGCAUAACUCAAUUACUUGUUGUUGAUUUAUUUGUUAGGUUCAGCUAUUAUGGAUUUCUGGCCUUCAGUCCAUGGGAAAAUUCACACCAGAGUGCAUGAAGACUGUUAUAUUCCAAGGAUAUCUUGGAAGAUUGAUAGUAUUCCUGAAGGAAAACAAUCCAUAUAGUGUUUCACGUGUGUAUCAAACUGCCAUUUGUUGUGGCACAUAAAUGUUUGCAACUUGAUUGUAAUUUUUGAACAGUUUCUCAACAAUCCAAGAAUUUCUUAUAAUGAGAAGUAGACAUUGUUGCUUGGUUAAAGGAAAUACAAAUCAGUCAAAACAACUACCUUAUUAACUUCCCACAGAGAAAUAUUUUUCACUACUGCUACUUAAAAAUUCAAAUGUGUGACAAAGUUUGCUUACAGAACUUGUCAUAAAGAUCUCCAUUAUUUGUAUUUUUUAGAUAGCUCUUAUUGUUUGAUCUUUCAAAUGGAAUGCUAUGACCUCCAUGUGAUCUAUUCCUUAGCAGUUAAUUAUCCAUUAAGGCACAAAUAUAUGAACAUUACAAUGAGAGGGGUCUUUAUGCCAGGCCCUGUAAAAGUAAUGGCAUCUUACUUAAUAUUAUUGUUGGGAAUUUGAUGGCACAGCUGUGGGGAGACCACAAAUUUCAGGGUUUGCUAACUGCAAAUCUGGCACACAGUUGCUGAGUGAUUAAAGUACUUUUCAUAAUGUCUCACUGUUGAUACAGUUGUAUGUGAGAUUAUAAACCUGUUUGAACAACACCUUCACUUCAAAUUGCUGCAGAGAAAUGGUUAAGGUAUCAGUGUGAUGCUCUAUGUGUUUCCUCAACUGUGUCCUCAUUGCUACUGUCUUCAUGUGAAAUUACUGCAGACACACUUCUGGAACCAAACCUGUACAUCUUGUGAAAACAGAUUAGUGGGCUAUUCCUGCAGCUUUCUGGUAUUUUAUCAAAACCUCACUCUGGAUAGGAAAUAAAGAUUGCACAGAAAUGCUUGCAUGGGUAUUUAUAUAUCUCAAAAUCUUCACAUGUGCAGUUUGGUAGAGCAAAGCUUAAAACAUAAUUACAGUCUUUGAACAUUGUACUCUCCAUACAAAACAUUGUCCAACUUCACAUUCACUAAUGUUGCAGUUAACUCAACUUUCCCUGGUGCAUAUCGCUGCAUGACAUGUUUCACAAACUUGGGCAGAAUUGUGCAGACAGUAUUUUCUAGAUAAGCUUGGAAGAAAUUGAUUUCUUAUAUCCGUAGUAGCCCCAUUCAAGGUCCCAUCUGUAUUGCAUUUUAGGAAGAAAAAAAAGAGUUUACAAUCUUGUUCAUGGCUUCAACUCCACUUUUAAUAUCAAUGGUAUCAAAAUUGCCCUUGUCCUCAUAAGCUUCCACUCUCUUUUCAUGUACCAAUAGCCACUGCUGUUAAACAUGCAUAAGUGUUUCUCUGUUGGUGAUUCUGAAAUUUCUUGCCACAUGCUCAGAAAUCUCUUCAUGUCAUUUGGUAUAUAUUCAGCCAUCUUCCUCAAACCUGUUUCAGACUGAAAAGGCACAAGUAAACUUUUGUCUGAGGAAAUUCUUGAUCAGUUGUGUUUAUCUCAGACUAUAAGAAAUCAGUAAACCAAUAGAUGGGAUUCCAGUCCUUGAAAAUGGCUAGUGCUUCAUGAAUGGAUCUCGCAUUUUCAACUUGAAUGAAAAAGAAAACCAAAUAACCCACAUUACUCUUUACAGCUAUAAAAAAAUAAAGGCAUAUCAUGUGUUGUUGUUUUUGUAUGUUGCAUAUAACAACUAUUCCUGUACUACUUCAAAAGAUCUCUUUGCUAACAGCUCUGAUAGAAAAAAGGUGAUGGUUUCACUCCUCCAUUGGCACCUAUACCAUGUUUGUAAUAAAUCAUAUGAUCGCUUUAGAAAUGAGUGUCCUGAUUGAUAUAAAAAACAGUUUUCAAAUUUUCUGUACAAACUGUAAACAGUUCCUCAGUUGGUGAUUGUGGAAGAGAUUGCCAUAGCCACAGUAUUGAUCCACUGUUAGGUGGUAAACCUACAAUUUCCUUCCAGUAUGAGCCAAGUGAAGUAAAACUGUGGUUGGAGAAAUGUUUUAUAUUCUUAAACUGAGUAUUUGUAACCCAUUAUGUUGGAUUGCAGUUCAUGUGUCAACACUUUAAAAUGUUUAGUUCUUCAGUGAUGACACUUGAUACAAUUUCAAUUUUUUAAGGCUAUUCUGUGUCAAGUUAAACUUUGAAUUAUCCAUUUAAACUCAUUUUUUGCUGUGUGGCAGAUGGAUUUAUGUUCAUGUAAUAUUUUUAACGUUGAUUGUAGUAAGAUGUAAUCAUAUGUAAAUGCCCAAUAAAAUAGAUUGAUAUUUA